AUGUAUUGCGAUCUCAAAAAACACCAGCGCUUUCACACUGGAGAGAAACCGUAUCAGUGCUCACAGUGUGGGACGAGUUUUAAUACACAGAGUUAUCUCAAAACACACCAGCGCAUUCACAGAGGAGAGAAACCGUAUCAGUGUUCACAGUGUGGAAAAAGUUUCAAUCAACAGAGUUAUCUCAAAAUACACCAGCGCAUUCACAGUGGAGAGAAACCGUAUCAGUGCUCACAGUGUGAGAAGAGUUUUAACAGACAGGAAUCUCUUAAAAAACACCAGCGCAUUCACACUGGAGAGAAACCAUAUCAGUGCUCACAGUGUGAGAAGAGUUUUAAUCAACCGGGUAAUCUCAAAACACACCAGCGCAUUCACAGAGGAGAGAAACCAUACCAGUGUUCACAGUGUGGAAAAAGUUUUAAUCAACAGAGUUAUCUCAAAAUACACCAGCGCAUUCACAGUGGAGAGAAACCGUAUCAGUGUUCACAGUGUGGAAAAAGUUUUAAUGAACAGAGUCAUCUCAAAAAACACCAGCGCAUUCACACUGGAGAGAAACCGUAUCAGUGCUCACAGUGUAAGAAGAGUUUUAACAGACAGGAAUCUCUUAAAAACCACCAGCGCAUUCACACUGGAGAGAAACCGUAUCAGUGCUCACAGUGUGAGAAGAGUUUUAAUCAACUGGGUAAUCUCAAAAAACACCAGCGCAUUCACACAGGAGAGAAACCGUAUCAGUGCUCACAGUGUGGGAAGAGUUUUAGUCAUCAGAGUGUUCUCAGAAGGCACCAGCACAUUCACACUGGAGUAAAGCCGUAUCAGUGCUUACAGUGUGAGAAGAGUUUCAAUACAAAGAGUGAUCUCAAAAUACACCAGCGCAUUCACACUGGAGAGAAACCAUAUCAGUGCUCACAGUGUGGGAGGAGUUUUUAUACACAGUCUAGUCUCAAAAUACACCAGCGCAUUCACACUGAAGUAAAACCUUAUCAGUGCUCACAGUGUGAGAAGAGUUUUAACACACAGGAAUCUCUCAAAAAACACCAGCGCAUUCACACUGGAGAGAAAUCGUAUAAGUGCUCAGAAUGUGGAAAAAGUUUUAUUCAACAGAUUAAUCUCAAAAGACACCAGCGCAUUCACACUGGAGAGAAACCAUAUCAGUGUUCACACUGUGGAAAAAGUUUUAUUCAACAGAUUAAUCUCAAAACACACCAGCACAUUCACACUGGAGAGAAACCGUAUCAGUGCUCACAGUGUGGAAAGAGUUUUAAUAGACGGAGUGAUCUCAAAACACACCAGCGCAUUCACACUGGAGAUAAACCGUAUCAGUGCUCACAGUGUGGGAAGAGUUUUAAUCAACAGAGUUCUCUCAAAAGACACCAGCGCAUUCACACUGGAGAGAAACCGUUUCAGUGCUCACAGUGUGGGAAGAGUUUUAAUGCAAAGAGUGAGCUUAAAAUACACUUGCGCAUUCAUAGUGGAGAGAAACCAUAUCAGUGCUCACAGUGUGGGAAGAGUUUUAAUACACAGAGUAAUCUCAAAAUACACCAGCGCAUUCACAUUGGAGAGAAACCGUAUCAGUGCUCACAAUGUGGAAAAAGUUUUAUUCAACAGAGUCAUCUCAAAAAACACCAGCACAUUCACACUGGAGAGAAACCGUAUCAGUGCUCACAGUGUGGAAAUAGUUUUAAUGGACAGAGUGAUCUCAAAACACACCAGCGCAUUCACACUGGAGAUAAACCGUAUCAGUGCUCACAGUGUGGGAAGAGUUUUAAUCAACAGAGUUCUCUCAAAAGACACCAGCGCAUUCACGCUGGAGAGAAACCGUUUCAGUGCUCACAGUGUGGGAAGAGUUUUAAUGCAAAGAGUGAGCUUAAAAUACACUUGCGCAUUCAUAGUGGAGAGAAACCAUAUCAGUGCUCACAGUGUGGGAAGAGUUUUAAUACACAGAGUAAUCUCAAAAAACACCAGCACCAGCGCAUUCACACUGGAGAGAAACCAUAUCAGUGCUCUUAAUGUGGAAAGAGUUUUAAUCAACAGAGUGCUUUCAGAAGACACCAGCACAUUCACACUGGAGAGAAACCGUGUGGAAUCAGAUACUAACAGAGUCUGUACUAGAUUGGAGGAAGUACGCAGCGCUUUCAGUACAGAAGUAACAACACCCCUACGUACUACGUCCGCUAGGGCUGGGCGAUAUGGAUCAAAAAUAAUAUCUCGAUAUAUUUUAGCUGAACGGUGAUAUACGAUAUAUAUCUCGAUAUUUUUUCAUCCAUUUUCAAGGUAAUAACAAAAAGACACUUCUAAGACAAAGCUUCAUGGUCCAAAUGUUAUACAGGCACUUUUAUUAACAUUCAGCUGUAGAUGAACAUGAGAAAUUCCUCAAAAAUAAACUAUUGGCAUAUAUUAAAUCAGGGCUCACCAAGCUUUUUGAAACAGAGGGCUGCU